CCAAAAUGUUCUGGUGACCAAAAUGUGCUAUCCGCACUCCGACCUGCGAAAGGCAGCAAUACACAGCGUCUUGUGACAAAGAAACUACACGAAGGAGAAUAUCACUUCCUGUUUAAAAAUGGCUGCACCCUUACGAAUGUCACAUUAGAAGUGCUCUUUUCUGUAAUGUUGAAAACGUUUUCGAUCUUUAACGUAUUUGUUUGACCUCUUUUGCCUAAACAUGGUCCAUCUAUGUAAGUAUGAUAAGGUUGAUAUUUAACUAACGCUGUCAACAUGGGCCAACUAGCACGUUGGGGUACGCUUAUUAGCAAGGCCGAAAUGUCUGUAACGUUAGCUAAGUACAGUAACGUUACUCCAUGAUUGUGGUGUCUAGCUAGCUAUAGCUAGUUAAUAGUUAUAUCAAUUAUGUUACUGAUAAGUAAUGCUUAUUUCAUGAAAUUCACAACAGAUAGCUACACAAUAGCUAGAAAUUGAGUGUUAUUUGUAGUAUGGAAUGGCCACUUGCUAAUUUGUUAUUGUCCAGACAUGAAAUACUGUUGGAUGCGUGGUGUUUCCAUUUACAUUUGACAUUUUAGUAAUUUAGCAGACGCUCUUAUCCAGAGCGACUUACAGUUAGUGAGUGCAUCAUUUUUUUUAAAGACUAUUGAAGAUUAUGUUAAAAUAGAGCUCCACCAUGUUAAAUUACCGUUGUGGCGGGUGGCGAUCCAUAUUCAAGUAUUUUGCAGAUAGAUAGCAUAGUGUUAUUGGAGCGGUUGUGGUGUGUUUUGCAGUAAAAACAGUGUGAAUCCCUAAUUUACCUGGCGGAUCACCUGAUAACCUUUGACCUAGCUAUUUACCUGACAAAACACACCACCCGAACUCUGGUCCCAACUAAUUGCUUACUCUUUGAAUGAAAACAUCAGCCAAUUUAAUUGCAUAUGCAUUUCACCUUUAACGAAACAAUACAAUGCUGAUUUUGUUGUAUUAUCCUUACAGCAUCCUUCCUACUGAAGACGUACCAUGGAGGACACAUUGUCAUCAGAUUGGCAAUGGCUGGCCACAAACAGUCUAACAGACCUUUCUACCGCAUUGUGGCAGCUUACAACAAGCGAGCACGAGACAGUAAAUACAUAGAACAGCUAGGCUCUUAUGACCCCCUGCCAAACAUCUACAAUGAGAAACUGGUCAGCAUCAACUCCGACAGGAUCAAGUACUGGAUGGGCUGUGGUGCACAUCCAACGAAGCCUGUGGCCAAACUUCUAGGUGUGUUCCCUCACCAUGACAACACACACUUUACAGGUUUAUUGAAAUGACCAGUGUAAGACCUACAUCAUGGAAAAGACACUGACUCACAGGUUCAUAAACCAACUAUACUGAACAAAAAUAUAAACGCAACAUCAAAUCAAUUUUUAUUUGCAACAUGCACCGAAUACAACAGGUGUAGACAUUACAGUGGAAUGCUUACUUACAAGCCCUUAACCAUCAAUGCAGCUUUUUAAAGAAAAAAGUGUUAAGUAAAAAAAAUAAAAGCAAAUAACUAAAGAGCAGCAGUAAAAUAAAAUAACAGUAGGGAGGCUAAAUACAGGGGGGUACCGGUACAGAGUCAAUGUGCGGGGGCACCGGCUAGUCGAGGUAAUUGAGGUAAUAUGUACAUGUGGGUAGAGUUAAAGUGACUGCAUAAAUAAUAAACAGAGUAGCAGCAGUGUAAAAGAGGGGGAUGGGGUGGGGGGUGGGGGGGGGGGGGGGCAGUGCAAAUAGUCCGGGUAGCCAUGAUUAGCUGUUCAGGAGUCUUAUGGCUUGGGGGUAGAAGCUGUUGAGAAGUCUUUUGGACCUAGACUUGGCGCUCCAGUACCGCUUGCCGUGCGGUAGCAGAGAGAACAGUCUAUGACUAGGGUGGCUGGAGUCUUUGACAAUUUUUAAGGCCUUCUUCUGACACCGCCUGGUAUAGAGGUCCUGGAUGGCAGGAAGCUUGGCCCCAGUGAUGUACUGGGCCGUACGCACUACCCUCUGUAGUGCCUUGCGGUUGGAGGCCGAGCAGUUGCCAUACUAGGCGGUGAUGCAACCAGUCAGGAUGCUCUCGAUGUGGAAACUACACGAAGGACAGCCAUAAAUGCCAAUCCCCUCCCAAAAGGUUGACUGUUUCCAGUGAAAGCCUUUGUUCUAUGUGAACUAUGAAUAUUCAUAAGCAGUGCUUUUCCUACUUUUUUUUAUUUCACCAUUAUGAUAAGGGCUGCGUAUUCAUAUCUCAAUAGCAAAGACAUUUGUUUGAUUAACUGUUUUUUUGUGGUCAAUUAAAGUUAUAAAUUACUAUUGUGUUUGGGAUACUUUCAAUGUUUCCAAAUCAUACGUUUUUAAGAUUAACAUUGGCUAAAUGCCAAAUAGCUCAAUAAAGGCUUUUAAUACGAUUUUCAGGAAGUCUCUUGUAUUAGCUCAGUCGCUUAUCAAAUGCUGAUAAAAGAAAGGAACAAUUUGUUUAAGUUGGUUUACAAUUGGGCUUAACCCUUGAUGGUGCAGCUGUAUAACGUUUUUGAGGAUCUGAGGACCCAUGCCAAAUCUUUUCAGUCUCCUGAGGGGGAAUAGGCUUUUGUCGUGCCCUCUUCACGACUGUCUUGGUGUGUUUGGAUCAUGAUAGUUUGUUGGUGAUGUGGACACCAAGGAACUUGAAGCUCUCAACCUGUUCCACUACAACCCCGUCGAUGAGAAUGGGGGCGUGCUCAGUCCUCUUUUUUUUCCUGUAGUCCACAAUCAUCUCCUUUGUCUUGGGAGAGGUUGUUAUCCUGGCACCACACGGCCAGGUCUCUGACCUCCUCCCUAUAGGCUGUCUCAUCGUUGUCGGUGAUCAGGCCUACCACUGUUGUGUCGUCGGCAAACAUAAUGAUGGUGUUGGAGUCGUGCCUGACCAUGCAGUCAUGGGUGAACAGGGAGUACAGGAGUGGACUGAGCACGCACCCCUGAGGGGCCCCCGUGUUGAGGAUCAGCGUGGUGGAUGUGUUGUUACCUACCCUUACCACCUGGGGGUGGCCCGUCAGGAAGUCCAGGAUCCAGUUGCAGAGGGAGGUGUUUAGUCCCAGGAUCCUUAGCUUAGUGAUGAGCUUUGAGGGCACUAUGGUGUUGAACGCUGAGUUGUAGUCAAUGAAUAGCAUUCUCGCGUAGGUGUUCCUCUUGUCCAGGUGGGAAAGGGCAGUGUGGAGUGCAAUAGAGAUUGCAUUAUCUGUGGAUCUGUUGGGGCGGUAUGCAAAUUGGAGUGGGUCUAGGGUUUCUGGGAUAAUGGUGUUGAUGUGAGCCAUGACCAGCCUUUCAAAGCACUUCAUGGCUACAGAUAUGAGUGCUACGGGUCGGUAGUCAUUUAGGCAGGUUAUCUUAGUGUCCUUGGACACAGGGACUAUGGUGGUCUGCUUGAAACAUGUUGGUAUUACAGACUCAGUCAGGGACAUGUUGAAAAUGUCAGUGAAGACACUUGCCAGUUGGUCAGUACAUGCUCAGCAUACACGUGCAACAAUUUCUAAGAUUUUACUGAGUUACAGUUCAUGUAAGGAAAUCAGUCAAUUUAAAUACAUUCAUUAGGCCCAAAUCUAUGGAUUUCACAUGACUGGGAAAUAUGAGGUAAUGGUGGCGAAUGAAUGGCAUGACAAUGGGCCUCAGGAUCUCGUCAAGGUAUCUCUGUGCAUUCAAAUUGCCAUUGUUAAAUGCAAUUGUCUUUGUUGUCCGUAGCUUGUGCCUGCCCAUAUCAUAACCCCACCGCCACCAUGGGGCACUGUUCACAACGUUGACAUCAGUAAACCACUCACCCACACGACGCUAUACAAGUGGUCUGCGGUUGUGAGGCCGGUUGGAUGUACUGCCAAAUUCUCUAAAACGAAGUUGGAGGCGGCUUAUAGUAGGGAAAUUAACAUUCAAUUCUCUGGCAACAGCUCUGGUGGACACUCCUGCAGUCAGCAUUCCAAUUGCACGCUCCCUCAACUUGAGACAUCUGUGGCAUUGUAUUGUGUGACAAAACUGCACAUUAUAGAGUGGCCUUUUAUUGUCCCCAGCACAAGGUGCACCAGUGUAAUGAUGAUGAUGAUGCUGUUAAGCAAAACUUUUAUUUCAGCUCGUGAAACAUGGGACCAACACUUUACAUGUUGCGUUUUUAUAUUUUUGUUCAGUGUAGUAUACUUUUAAAUGUAAUCAAUACUUCCACUAAAGUCUCAAUGCUACCUGGGAAUCUAUGUGGUCUAAGUUACUGUCAUCCCUCCCAUCUCUGAUCCUGUAGGACUGGCUGGGUUCUUCCCCCUGCAUCCCAUGACGGUGACAGAGACAGAGCGUCGCAGGGCCCUGGCAGAACUAGCAGAGGAAGCAGCUCCAGAGGAUGGAGUUAAGCAGCAGGAACUAUGAGCGCUGCAGUGCUGGAACAUGUGGGACUGUCGAGCAUAGCAGGAUGUGGAAACUGUACACGAAGGACAGCCAUAAAUGCCAUUCCCCUCCCAAAAGGUUGACUGUUUCCAGUGAAAGCCUUUGUUCUAUGUGAACUAUGAAUAUUCAUAAACAGUGCUUUUCCUGCUAUUUGUGUUUUUUUAUUUCACCAUUAUGAUAAGGGCUGCGUAUUCACAUCUCAAUAGCAAAGACAUUUGUUUGAUUAACUGUUUUUUUGUGGUCAAUUAAAGUUAUAAAUUAGCA